AUGCCAGGUCUCUUGCUGCAGCACAAUCAUCACAGCCCCGCGGACCUUUGUGUCUACGCAAAUUCUCGCAACCCUUCCGACGGCCCACAUAGCACGCACGACUGCCACGCAUCGCCCAGGUUGCGCCGUUUGCCCAUCUUUGCGUUUAUAGGUUUCUCCCCAGCAACGCAACAAUGUCUAGACGCUCUGCGAUUCAUGCUUCCCCCUGGACAUCCCAUACUAGUCAGCGACGCGUCGCAGAGGUGCCUCGAGACAAUCGAAGAAUACUUUCUUGGCAGCAGCGUCAUCGUCUUUCGACACAUCGACGAGAUGCUGGCCGUUGCAGAUGUCGUCAUCAUCUCGACAGCAGACCAAAUCGUGUCCGAAAUCAUUGCGCGCGUCCUCCCUCGACUGCAAGAAGACUCGACGUUGUGUCUCCUUUCCGAGUCGUGCGAAAUACACGUCUGCACGCGCUCAGACCAACAGUGCACAAGCGACGCAGGACUUUUGCGGCUCGCCAGCUUCCUCGAUCCGCACAGUCUCAUGGUCGAGGGGCGGAGAAGUGAUCUCUCCACAGACGAGAGGAGCAAUCGCGGCAAGCUUGCGCUACAAUGGCUCGCCGCCGCGACGAACCGCAAUGCGCGACCAUGA